AUGAAGGUCACUUCCAUUGUCGGUGUUAUCGCCGCCCUCGCUGGGCCUGCCGCCGCCUUCUAUGGCCAGAUGGCUGCCAGCGCGAUGACAGUUAGCGGAGAGGGUCCCGCCUAUCAACUCAUCACUUUGUCCGACUACAACACUGGAUCCAUUUACUCUGGCGAUCUAAACUUCAGCUUUUCAGGCACGCAGAAGUUUGUUUAUUUCGAGGAAGAUACUCCGGGCAGUUACGACUUUUACGCUCUUAUGUGGAGGAUCACCGAUGGAUGCCACAACAUUGACUUUUAG